CUUGUUUCCGAAUUUUGAAGCGCAUUUCGCAGAGCCGAUAGAGGGAGAGGAGGAGGAGGAGAUCAGCGCUGAGAGCGUUGGAUCCGCAAACGAUGAGGGGAGAGGUUCAACCUAACAUUGACUGUUAUAGUUGACUUGCAUGGGAGCAAAAUGACCAAUACUGAACCACUGAAGUUGCAAGAUGCUGGGGCAAAUGAUUGUUGGAGUUUGGGCAGUAAUCCCUAUCCUUCUGAUAGAUUUUCCAAGGUAUCAAUUGGGAUUACUAUUAAUAAGUUUCCAAUGCUGGCAUCUGGAGCAAAAAUUAAAGAUAGACUUACAGUUCCUGCUUGCGAGAGAAUACAUUCAUCUCAAGAAAACAUUGUAAAGGAAAACAAAGUACCUGAGGUUACUGAGACCACAAAGCAAAAUGGAAAACUGACUAAUAAAGAGCAGAUGGCUUCAGAAAAAUUAUCCACAAGAUUUAAACCUCAUGAGACACCAAGCUCUCAAAGAGUUCAUGUAUUUGCUGAGCAAACUACAGUACUUGAUACAGAAGAAGGUAUGCUCAAGAACAUAGCAGUUGUUGAUGCUAAAGUAGAUCAGGCAGGUAAAGCUGAGAAGCCUUCAGCGUGGUUUUCCAGAAAGCCCCUACUUCAUGAAACACCAACUGCAGAGAAAUUUCUGUUCUUUGUAAACCAAGCUUCAGUUCUACAGUCACAGGAUGGAGUACAUAAGGAAACUGAUUCUCUUGCUUGCGGAAAGAGAUUAGAGAAGGAUGAAAACACUGAAAGGGCAGUCGCAUUUGCCACCAUGCAGAAAAUGCAAAUGCUACAAAAAGGUGUGGGUUAUGAACAGCCUGAUGAAGUGACUACGGACAACAAUGGGGCCCUGAAGAAGAAGAUUUGGGAGAUACUUGGUAUGGCUUCAGAGAGCAAGCAGAAUAUGAACUUGCCAAAUUCUGAAGACAAAGAGGCAUACCAUGGUAAACAAUUUGGUAUGGCUCCAAAAAGCAAUCAUACUAUGGACUCUUCAACUCCUGGAGACAAAAUGACACUCAGUAGAAAUCAAAGAGGGGAAUUUCUGAAAGAAAAAUCAGUCAAACCAAAACAGAACCCAGAUGCUAUUGAGACUCAUUUGGAGAGUCCGAAAGAAAUCAUUAGAGGACCUAUUACUCAUUAUUUUACACGAAAGAGAGCUUCAUGUAGAACAUUCCAGAAGUUGCACAGGGGUAAUUUGUAUCCGAAGAUUCCAUUGUCUGCCUCCAGCACAGAAUCUAAACCAAAGUUGGAAGAUAAGAACAUCUUUGCCUUUGAUCAAGAGGAAGCAAAAGCAGUCACUUCAGGCCGAUAUGUCAGUGGCCAUCCUAAUAUAUCGAAAAGGAAGAGGAGUGAGCAGAAAAACAAGAGAAUUAAGUUCAGGGCAGCCCCACUUCCUAAAAAGUUGGUUUCUGACAAGACUCUAAAAUCCAAUGAAAAAGAACAAACAGUGUUAUCUUCUGUUAAAGUAACAUCAAGGAGACAGGAAACAAGGUCCUCUCCUUGUCUAGUGUUUCAGCAUGACAAAGACCAAUUGCAAACAUCAAACCAGGUUCCAAUUUUGAACCACCACUUACAAUUAGGAGCAAAUAAGCAUUUAGCAAUGCCACCAGUAUUAAGCAGUGCAGAAACUGAAGAACAUUCUGGUAGUCUGAAAAGGAAGAGGAAUUCAUGGAAACAUGAUAAAAGCCAAGUGCCAAAUGAUGUCAAUCUGGAGAAGGAGAUUGAUCAUCCAUCAGUAGAAAAAACUUCAAUUCCAUUGGUUGAUUUUCAGUGUCCAUCUUUUGCGAAGGAUGCAAAUCCACCUCCACAAUUAUGCAAACUACUCAAUGAGGACCUCUGUACACCAGUAGCAAAUUGGAGAAAAAUUCCAUCAAGAACAUCUUCUAGGCCACAAAUUUUGGAGAACCACAAACAAGAAACUGACAACUCAAAUUCAGAUACGGUAUCCACUGAUGAAACCAUAGAGAUUCAUGAGUCAGAGAAUGUGAUGCUUCCACAUGAUGCAGAAGGAAAAGAAACUGAAAAGCAACCUUCUCUAUCUCCAAGAAAAAACCAGAGAUAUAAGAGCUUUGAAGCAAGUGACUUCAUUAAUGAAGAUUACAGAUCAUCUGAAGAAUGGUUCUUGAACUCUGGUAGUCUUCCUGAAUCUCCUGUUGGAAUUCAUCGGAUGAAAAGGGUAAACUACCUAAAAGAUACCAAAAUAAGCAAAAGCAGCCUAUCCUCACCACCUCAUGUUGGCACUUCAAGAAUUGAAGAAGCUACUGGAUUACAUGAAAUCUUGGAGCAUUAUCCAGAGGAUGAGUUGGCUAGGUCUGUGUGCCAACUGGUGCGACUUCUGGAAAAAUUCAAAUCUAAAAUAAGGUCACAAAUAUGCAAAAAAAGCUCAAAGAUACUUUUGGAUGCUGGAGAAAAAGUACAUCUGCAGCUACAACAUGCUGAAUCUCAGAUGGAAGCAGAUCUAGGGAAGUUCCUUGGCAUUGGCAAAUCCAAGGGUAAAUGCUUGGAGUCAAAAUUCCAAGAGCAACAAGAAAGACUGAGGUUCAUGCACAACAAGUUCAAGGAGGAGGUUGAUCAGCAUCUCCUAGGCUGCAGGAGCACUCUUGAGGAAAUCGAGGCAUACAAAAUUGAGCUAAAAGGAAGUUUGGACAGGCAAAAGGCUUCACAUAGAAAGCUUCUUCUGCAAGUUGAGGGAGCAAUAGAAUCUCAAAUAAGUGAUGCAGAAACAAGAGUUGCGACACUUCAUAAGGAAGCUGAUAGAAAAAUAAAUGGAUUAAAGCAUGUUCUGAAGGAGUGGUUGUUAGAAGGCACAGUUAACUGAAGAUUUGUUACAAGAAGGAUGAUGGCAGGAUACACAUGGCCUUCUGCCUGAACUAAGACCGAGAAGAAUGAAAAGGUGCAGGUACUGUUUUGCCACUAGGAAUGUUGGUAAAGAAAACCUACUGCAAUUUCCAUUUUCUGUUUGUCCAUUUUGUAGGAUUGUUCUAACUGAUGUGCAGUUUUUUUUUUGUUUUUGUUUUGGAGUCUUGCUGGCCAAUAGAGUAAUAUUUACCGAUCAAUAUAGAUUGUUUAUCCAA